AUGUCUCGACUCUCAGCGUCUCAUACAACGCAACAUACAUCAAGAAUAUCGAAUAAUCCUAAUAAUGAACGUUCCUUUGUAAAAGAAAAUUAUUCUCCAGUACGUCAAGCCAUUCGCAAAUACGAUAAGUUUGAAAAAUUCAAUGAUAUCUCUUCAGUACUUCCACCUCCUCGUCCACCACCACUACGUCCUCCUAUAUCAAUUCAAACAAGAAAUAAUAAUAUUAAUCAUGAUAAUGAAACUCCUCCAUCAUCAAUGAGUUCAUCACUUCGAUCAACAAAUAGUGACGUUGAAAUAAAUCAAAAUUCGAUAGAAAAAUUAAGAUCACAAUUACAUGAAAUAUCAACUAAGAAUUCAACACCUAAAAUAAUUUCACCUACAAAAUCAACACCAAGAAUUGAUAUUCAAAUAAAAAAACAAUCAAAACCAACUAAUCGUCGUAGAAGAACACCACCACCAAUUCCAUCCAAUACUCCAGAUUAUUCAGCAGCUAAACAAAAUACAAACGAUGGUCUAUUUUAUGUAAAAAAUUAUACUCAAUUCGAUAAAUAUCAUAAUGAAAAUCAAGAAAAUGAUUCAUAUGAAUUACCAUAUGAAAAUGAUAGUGAAGGCUCAGAAGAAUGUAAAGAUUUCUCUAAUCCAGUUUUUAUUUCUAAAGUACCUCAAACCUCAUCAAAUCUAUUGCAAAAUGUUGAUCAUGAAAGUGUUGGAUUAGAAAUUUCUGACGCAAUUAUAACAAAUCGACGAAAUCCUAAUACUUCUAUUGAGCGUGAUGAUGAUCGUCGUACUAAUGUUCGAAGUGCACCAUCCACUAUUACAAAAUUUGAACAACAUAGAGUUACAUUGCCUUCUUCUUCUCAUCGUUCGCCUCCUCCACUACCACCACCACCAAAACUUCCAUCAACUUCUGCUCUACCAUCUUUUCGUGAACAACAACAACGUAUUGCCGGUCUAGAAACACAAGAAUAUACACCUAGAACAUUCUUACCACUUUCAAAUUUUAUGAUGGAAAUUGGUGCAUUACUUGUUGUUUUUAUUAUUUGUAUGGUACUUGUUUUAGCUAUACGAGAAGAUGAAUCAAACCUUCGAACAACUCUACAACUUGUUUAUACUUAUAUCUAUGCUGUUUCUAUUGUAUGGAUGGUAUGGUGUACCUUUGAUAUAAUUAAAUUCCGUCGACAAUGGAGGGAAUUAACAGCACCUGCUCAUAAUAACGAAGAAUAUAUGGAUAUAAGUGAGCGUCAUACACAUAAAAUAUUCUAUUUUCCUGAUGUUCAUAAUACCGGCGGAUUAUUUAUGAGAAUUGGUGCUGGAUUAUUUUGUAUGGGAAGUCUAAUUGUGACUGUUAUUGAAUUAGCAAAAACAAUUGCAACAGGAACUGAUAUAAUAGCUCGUGCCUCACCGUCUGUCACAUAUCCUAUGUCAGUUGUAGUAACAAAAUCAAUGACUUAUAUACUUCGAUUUUUAUUUCAUUGUGUACAAUUUACAUUUUUAUUUCGUUAUGGAAAUAUUGUAAUUAAUCGUUACCGUUUUAUUGCUCGAAUUGGUCUUAUUCAUUUAAUUAUUGCCAAUUUUUGUACAUGGUUUGAAGCUAUUGUAUUUGAAACAUUGGAACAAUUGCACAAAAGUCCAACAAUUCAAACAACAAUAAAUUAUGCGACUAAUGUUACAUAUUUGACAACAAUCACAACUCCUGGUAUAUACAAGCAUUGGCGGGCCGGACCAUAA